UUUUAAGAUAUAUUUAUAUUGACAUAAAAUACAUAAUUUGAUAGAUAUUCGCAUCAUUUUUUUUUAUAAAUGAUUAUAUUUAGUUUUUUUGUGCACUUGCUGUAUUAAUUAUGAAAAUUAAAUAAAACAAAAUCAAAGCAUCAAUAGCAGGAGGGCGCGUGCGAAGUUGAUAUUUGACAAGUUUGCCUGGAAGGUUUGAAAAUGGAAGACCUCUCACCACCAGCUCCCGCCGCCGGGAAUGACUCCGCCGAUUUCAAAACCCUAUUUUCAUUUUACUCCAAUUACCUCCGCAGUCGAGCCCUCGCUUUCCUUUCCUCUCCUGCUUCCAAUUUUCUCGGGAAAGUUUCCAACCUUUACCGCCAAGUUUCUCGCGCCAGAUCGAGGAGACGUCGCCCGCGUCUUCCUCUUCCAUUUCAUUCCAAAGCUUUCGAUUCGACUCUGGUGAAAACAGAGGCAUCUAGUGUUAUUAUUGUUCUGGAGGAUAUUUUGGAACAGAUAUAUUUAAAUUUGCAUAGCAUUCAGAAGAACUUGCAGUUUUGGCAAUCAAGGGCAGAGGAAACAAAUGCUCGAAAGGCAUAUUUUAUGCUGUUUGAGAGAGGGCCGCGGGCUUUAUGUGAUGGAACGAUUCAAUUGAUACGUGAAUCUGUUACUGAAGGUUCUUCCAUGCAGCAUAUAAGUCAUUCUGCAUCUGCUCAUAUAUCUGAUCGGAUAGCUGUCUUAAGUAGCUUGCAAUGUUGUCUUGCCACAUUUCUGGCUCAGUUUUAUGUUGAAGCUGACCAGUUGGGGGAGGAGUUCUUUAAUGAUCCAGACAAGGCCUUGGUUUCAUUAUUGGUUAAAAUUAAUUCCUUAUUUUCCAAGUUAGAAGCAUCAAUUAGCCGAUUACAUACAAAGCACCAGAUUGAUUCGUUGAUUGAUGCAACCUACUCAUUUCCACCACAGUUUGAGAAGCUUGAAGAAGUUAAUCAAGAAGGUCCUCUAUGGACAGAUUUCAAAAUCAAGAAUGCUAUUAACUUGGUUUAUCAAAAUUUAAACAAGUUGGAGUCUUACAUAUCUUUUAUUGUUCUCAAACAUCAGAAACCAAGAAAAGUAACUCAAUACUGGAUUCAUUAUGCAUGUGGUGCAGUUGGUCUCUCUGUUUGUUCUAUGUGGCUCCUAAAACAUAGCAGUCUAAUGGGAAGUUCUGACAUAAACAAUUGGAUACGUGAAGCAAAGGAUUCUACAGUGAGCUUUUUCAAUGACCACGUGGAGCAACCGCUUCUGUCUAUUAGAGAUGAACUUUUUGAGACGUUUAGAAAGAGGCACAAAGGAAUGAUGGAUCUUGAAGAAGUACAUUUGACUUCCAGUUCGCUACACAGGAUGUUAUUAGCUUUUAGUGAGCAGAUAAAAGGUAGUAAGUUACCAGAGAAUGCAUCAGAUCAGGAAAUGCUUGAAAUAGUUAUGGCCAGGUAUGAAACGGAACUUAUGCAUCCCAUUCAGAACCUUCUUAAUGGAGAGCUGGCUCGUGCUCUGCUCAUCCAGGUUCAGAAGUUAAAAUUGGACAUUGAGACGGCGAUGCUUGAACUCAACCAGAUUCUCAGGGCAAAUGAGAUAAACUUUGCUAUAUUAGCUGCAUUACCCGCAUUUUUUCUGUCUCUUCUUCUGCUGAUGUUAGUGCGUGCAUGGUAUACACAGGAUACUAGAGCAGAAGGAAGAGGAAGAAUUUCUCGCAUCCAGAGAAGGUUACUUGUUGUUGAGGUUGAGAAAAGAAUCAUGCUGUAUCAAUCUUUUCUUGACCAAGGGCUGGAAAAUGAUGCGCAAUGCAUGCUUGGUUUGAUGUUGUAUAGUCUGGAUCGCCUAUACCGUGCUGUGGAGAGGCAUGCGAAAGCAAGUGGUGAAUGGCAGUGCUUAAAGGAAGACAUUCUUGACUUGGGAAAGCCUGAUCUUCAAACUGGGUAUAAGCUCACUGUGACAUCACGCAUGGGACGGAUGUAUGAAUGUUUGCUUCCUUCACUGAAACGUCAGUAGUUUCUCCUUUUCUCUUCUCUCACUAUUUUUUUUUGUUGGGAGGGGACCCCUCUACCUAAUGGAAAUUUUCACCGUAAAAUGCACCAAACCACAGUUCUGUAAGGACUCCAAAACAUUUUUGACCAUCAUAAUGAUCAAAGCCACCAACAAUUUCACAUUUUGAA